CCCGCGCCGCGCCGCGCCGCGCCCGGCCGCCCAGGCCCCUGCCCAUGCGGGCGGCGCGGCCCCUGGGUGGGGCGCCCGCAGUCAGCCACGCAGCAUGCACUGGGGGGUUGGCUUGGCUUCGUCCAGGCCGUGCGUGGUGGAUCUGAGCUGGAACCAGAGCGUCUCUUUCUUCGGCUGGUGGGCCGGGUCCGAGGAGCCCUUCUCCUUUUAUGGGGACAUCGUCGCUUUCCCUUUGCAGGAUUACGGUGGGAUCAUGGCAGGGCUGGGCUCCGAUCCCUGGUGGAAGAAAACCCUUUACUUGACCGGGGGAGCUUUGCUGGCCGCAGCUGCGUAUCUACUCCACGAACUCCUGGUUAUUAGGAAACAGCAAGAGAUUGACUCCAAAGAUGCUAUUAUUUUGCAUCAGUUUUCAAGACCUAACAAUGGUGUCCCCAGUUUAUCUCCUUUCUGCUUGAAGAUGGAAACUUAUUUAAGGAUGGCAGACUUACCCUACCAGAAUUAUUUUGGUGGAAAACUCUCCGCUCAAGGGAAAAUGCCUUGGAUUGAAUAUAACAAUGAAAAAGUUUCUGGCACAGAAUUUAUAAUUGACUUUUUGGAAGAGAAACUUGGAGUAAAUUUAAACAAAAACCUUGGCCCUCAUGAAAGAGCCAUCUCCAGAGCGGUGACCAAGAUGGUGGAAGAGCAUUUCUACUGGACUUUAGCUUAUUGCCAGUGGGUGGACAAUCUCAAUGAGACCCGGAAGAUGCUCUCCCUUAGUGGUGGAGGUCCUUUCAGCAAUCUGCUGAGAUGGGUUGUGUGCCACAUAACGAAAGGAAUUGUGAAGCGUGAGAUGCACGGCCACGGCAUUGGCCGUUUCUCAGAGGAAGAGAUUUACAUGCUGAUGGAGAAGGACAUGCGAUCUUUAGCGGGGCUUUUGGGUGAUAAGAAGUACAUCAUGGGCCCCAAACUUUCUACUCUUGAUGCCACUGUCUUUGGACACCUGGCACAAGCAAUGUGGACCUUACCUGGCACAAGACCUGAGCGGCUUAUCAAAGGUGAGCUGAUCAACCUUGCUAUGUAUUGUGAGAGGAUCCGGAGGAAAUUCUGGCCAGAGUGGCACCAUGAUGAUGACAACACCAUCUAUGAGUCUGAAGAGAGCAGCGAAGGCAGCAAAACCCAUACACCCCUUCUGGAUUUUAGCUUUUACUCAAGGACAGAGACCUUUGAGGAUGAGGGUGCAGAGAACAGUUUUUCCAGAACCCCAGACACCGAUUUCACUGGACGCUCGCUCUUUGAUUCUGAUGUGGACAUGGAUGACUACACAGAACAUGAACAGUGCAAGUGACUGAAUGUUGCCUUGCUGACCCUCUUCUACUGGAGCUGCCACUCCUUAGUGUUGGUCCUGUUUCCCAGGUAGAAUCCUGUAGACCUGGGAGGAGGUGUUUGUGCUUAGCACAGUUCUCUUAAGUGCACUGGACUGAUUAUAACAGCCUUAUUUCUUUUUUUGGUACAAAUGAAACAAAGAACAAUUCAGCUGCUUCAUUGAAAACAACCCCCCCCCAAA